AAAGUGGGAGGUUCCCGGAAAAAUUGCUAACCGGAAGGGAAGGCCGGAGCCCAAGAAGAAGAAGAAGAAGACAGCUGCUGCCGAUGAGACCAGCGAAGGAAGAAAAAGUAAUCUCCCACUGGUGAGGCCUCCUCUUCUUCCAGUAAAUCUGCCAACCAACCUAAACUUUCCUACAUCCAGCUUAACGUCAUCAGCUCCCCUAUAGUAAGCCCAAGCCUGAAGUCAGCCAUACACCCUCUUCCCCCAGCUCCUCCUUCUUUCUCCCAAUUUUCAACACUGCAAUAUGGCAGGGCGAGGUGGACCAGCACGGACCAACGGCACCGCAGCAAGCAGCAAGAUCUGCCAGUUUAAGCUAGUGCUGUUGGGAGAGUCGGCAGUGGGCAAGUCCAGCCUGGUGCUGCGCUUUGUCAAAGGCCAGUUCCAUGAGUACCAGGAGAGCACCAUCGGAGCUGCCUUCCUCACACAGACGGUAUGUUUGGAUGAUACAACAGUUAAGUUUGAAAUCUGGGACACUGCUGGACAAGAACGGUAUCACAGCUUGGCACCCAUGUACUACAGAGGAGCCCAGGCUGCCAUCGUGGUCUAUGAUAUCACCAACACAGAUACAUUCACACGUGCAAAGAACUGGGUGAAGGAGCUCCAGCGACAAGCCAGCCCGAAUAUUGUAAUUGCAAUUGCAGGAAACAAAGCAGACCUGGCCAACAAGAGAGCUGUAGAUUUCCAGGAAGCACAAGCAUAUGCAGAUGACAACAGUUUGCUCUUCAUGGAAACCUCAGCUAAGACUGCAAUGAAUGUCAAUGAGAUUUUUAUGGCUAUAGCCAAGAAGCUUCCGAAAAACGAGCCUCAGGGUGCAGCAGGCGCCGGCGGACGAACCAGAGGUGGCGUGGACCUGCAGGAAGCUGCACCACAGGGCAGAAGUGGCCAGUGCUGCGGGGGCGGCAACUAGCACAAUGAAUCGGCUGAUGCAACCAAUCUAAAGCUUCGAUCAACCCGACCAGAAAUUAGCCAGCUGUCAAACGAUGUCCCAUUGGUCAAACCAAACCACGGUCAGACCAACCACCCUAUGAGCAACACGGCACCAAUUAACUGUUUGGCAAAUGAAUCCACUGGCCAGUAAACUGCCAGACUCCACUGAUGGUUUAAACUGGCGAACCAAGCAACAGAUCAAGAAAUCAACUUAUUCGUAGAGAAUCAUGUUUCAUGCCAAUCCAUGACCUCUCGAUUGAUGAUGGACCCUUGAUGUCAUCUUGGGGGGGAAAACGCAUCCCAUUCAUGGAAGAAGGAAAAAGCAAAGCUCAGUCAUUACCAGUGGCACUUACUAGCGCCACUCAUUUUUGUUUCUGUAUUUGUGUAAAGGAUUUCAAAAAGUAAUGCAACCAGAAGGAGUAUAAGAAGACUCACUAGCCCUACCCUUUCUAUUCUGCCCUCUUUCUUUCCCGUGCACCAUAAAUUUCUGAAGUUUUUCCGUCUUUGUCUUGAGACACAGUUAAAACUCAAAUAGAGGUGCAUGCAGCAUCCUUCACUUUUCUGUCUUGUCCCUGGUCAGAUUUUGGAAAAGGGUUUCUACCAGGAGAAGAGGAAUGGAAACAUAUUUCCAUCUUGAUGGAGCUGUGUAGAUUGAAAUAAAUCAUUAUUAUUUUUCUGUUUCCUUUUGACACAAGCUGGUCAAUAUGAUUUUAAAGCCUAGUCUUUAGGUUUUACAAUCAUCCAACCAUGUUAUUAAACAAUAAACAGUAAAUAGUACUUUAAUAACAUUGUCACACGUGUAAUUUUUAGCAUUAAUGAAAUGUCUUUGAAUCAUCGGUGUAAAAUGGCAAAUGCAUAAAGCAAGAUUUGUUUUUGUGACCAAAAUCACAAUUGUGUACUGAAAACAUAUGACUGUAUUUGUAUCUGACUUUUCAAGUUUAUAAUCAAACAGUAGUUCUUGUCAAAACAUUAUCUUCCCAAUCUCUACAUGAUGUUUUGUCAACCUUAAUUAUGUUGUGAUUUUUCUUUUUUGUUUGUUUGUUUUUUUUCUAUGUCUUAAUUUUUUCUCUCUGAAGAUCUAUGGUAUUAAAUGCACUGGUUCUGUCUCAUCAUUUUGGUGAAUUUAGAUGUUAUCCUCAGCUUCCUUUUUCUUUUCUCUCUCCUUAUUUGUAUUCUGCACAUCAGGGAGGGAUUGCUUUUCAACACUGUUGUCAUUAUCCUGUUAUGGCAUCAAAGACUAGCACAACAGAACUUGCACGGCAGUCGCUGCUGUUAGGUGAGGGGGAGGGAGGAGGACGCUGGGUUGUGGGCGGAGGAGGAGGAGGACGAAGGAAAAUGUAAUUUUAUGAAUAAACAAGGGUAAGGUUA